GCUUCCGUAGUUUCCUUCGGAAGUCACAGCUAGCUUGAACCAAACGUGGUGCAGAUGGUGAAGCGAAAGCUACCGUUUUCUCCGCGGGCUUAGAUUUAGCCACGAAGCUCGUUCGUUAAGCCCACGGCACCGUGCUGAGGACCCGGGUCCCGUGAUGGCGUGUGCCAGAGGAGCGCUCAUCGUGCUGGAGGGAGUGGACAAGGCCGGCAAAACCACGCAGUGCACGAGACUAGUCCACGCGCUGCAGCAGAGCGGCCGCCCCGCGGAGAUGAUGAGAUUCCCCGACCGGAGCACCACCAUCGGACAGCUGAUAAGCGCCUACCUGGAGAAGAAGAGUGACUUGGAGGACCACACGGUGCAUCUGCUGUUCUCCGCCAACCGCUGGGAGCGAGUGCCUCUGAUGAAGGAGAAGCUGGAGCAAGGCAUCACUCUCGUCGUGGAUCGGUACGCCUUCUCCGGAGCGGCGUUCACAAGUGCCAAGCCGGGUUUCAGUCUGGACUGGUGCAUGAAACCCGACGUGGGGCUGCCACUGCCGGACCUGGUGAUGUUCCUGCAGCUCAGUUCGGCCGAGGCCGCUCUGAGGGGGCAGUUCGGAGAGGAGAGGUACGAGACCAGUGCUUUCCAAAGAGCGGUUCAACAGCAGUUUGAAGAGCUGAGGAAGGAUUCCACCAUCAACUGGCAGGUGAUCGAUGCUUCUCAGAGUGUCGACGACGUGCACAAGAGUAUCACCAGACACAGCCUCGACACAGUCAGCGCGGCGCAGAGCCUGCCGCUCGGAGAGCUGUGGAAGUGAGCUUGGGAGCGCUUAUUUUUUUAAAAACCCUGUAUGUUUUAAUGCAAAUAUGAUUUGAUUCCGUCUUGAAAAGGAAGAGACGAACCAGUGUCAAAUACCAGAUGCUGACUUUAUUUUUUCUAACCUCUUUACAUGUGUAUUCUUUAUGCAGCGUUGAUUAAAUAAAUAAUCUUUCAAAUGAA